AUGCCUUGUAAUUUCGUUUCACCCUCUACGCCUCUCAGACGCCGCUUUGAUUUCUUUCUACGACUUUCUCCAUCUCGGGGCUAUCCUCGCUUCAGGAGCCUUAAGAAUAUUUUCGUUCCCAUGAUCUUCAUCGUAUUUGAUAAUUACGCAUAUGAACUUGGAGUCAAAACUGUGCUCGCAGGCAUCCUCGCCUUGCUACUCGGUCUCCUUGGAUUUGUUAUUAGCAUAUUUACUCUCGGAGUAGUUUGGAUUGUGCCUGCGAUGAGGAUACAGGCACCUCCCUACCAAGAACCGAUCAAUCGCAGUCCAAAGAAUCUCCGUGGUCUUGUAUUGGCUUCCUCCCCAGAACCUAUACUUCAGACACUACCGCCGAUACUUCCCGGGUCCAAGACUCCUUCCCUUCGGCGAGCAGUAUCGUUUCCUGACCUGCAUAAAACACCUUCUUCCGAGGGACAACCCCUCGUGGCCUCAAGGCAUGUUUCUUUCAAUAUCGGAGCUCCAGAAUCCUACAACCCAAGUUUGGCGAGGUCCGUCAGCAUGAACCCCUCCCCGACACCAUCGACAAUUCAGCGUCGCUGGCCACCUGCAAUGUCUCCAUUCUCCAGGCGUCGAUCAACGCAAGAGGAAUCUGAUCCAUCCUCACCCACAGUACGAGACGAAAGUAAUACCACCGCGUGCAACUACAGAUCGUCACCCACGUCAAAGAGUACCUGUGUACAUGACCUUCCACUCAAUUAUUCCGAAGGGCGUCGUGAAUGCCGUCGUGGUCGUAGAAAUAGCUUGGGUUGUGAUGAACAUGGCACGAUGAACCUACUUGGAGUGGACUCUUUUUCCGAAGGAACAACUUCUACGCGCUCGUCGAGAGCCUUAUCUUUACGGUUACCAUCUGUUCGGAAGGCCUUCACCAGAAAACGUCGUCCGGCAAGUGUUCCACCGCAUACACCUCUUGUGAUCAACAUUAGCGCAAAGGAGCAGCUUCAACAGCAAAGCCCUACACCAGAGUACCCCGUGAGGACGUCGCCUUCACCUACUCUCUUGCCCACGUCCGGUGAAAUGUAUCGUGCAGAAUACGUGAAUCCUUUCCGGACAAAGAAAUCAAAGAUUACCUCCAAACUUGAGGCUUCGAAAUUCAGUCGUAGGUCGAGCUUCUCAUUAUCUAGCCCAUGGUCAAGUCCCAAACCUGCAGGUUUAUCGCCUGACUUAGCAUCUUCCGCGACAUCGUCAACUUCCAUUUUUUCGAACUCACCAUCUGCACUUCGUAGGACAUUCACGAGUCACUUCACUCCUUUUUUCAAGUCCCCUAUCAGUUCUCCUUCGAGCUUAGAGUGCCCGUCUCCCAUGCCCUCACCGCAGCUACAGGUGAACGUGCCGAAGUUGACGGGCAAGUAUUCAUUGCGGUCUGUGCCUCGCACGCAGCCAUACGGCCCUCCUUGGAAUGCUGUGAUGCCAGGACAAGGUCACGAUCUAGUGAAUGGUAGCCUAGAUGACGUUCUUAUCAAGAGACCACAUCGCGGAUACAAAGAGGCUGAGGGUCGUCGGGGGUUCAAGUUACACUCACAUACUUUGACGCCGAUAGAGGCAUCCGAGAGCGAAUACCCGCCUGACAACCUUGUGGAUGAGCUGGGUCAGCUUCCAUCGGGGUCGACGCACUCUCAGGACGCCAUUACAGGUGCUACUGCCGAAGUAGCUCAGAGAACACCUCUGAGGGCUUUGAUUUCCACCGGUGAGCAUGCGGGACGUGAGUCCAGUGCCUUGUGGACAAUCGCAGGCCUUGAACAAGUUGUUGGGGUCCCAUCGGAUGAACACAACUAA